UCUAUGUCUGUCAGUUGAAGUGGAGAUGGGAAACAGUUGUGAUAAAGAGGUGCCGGCAGAAAGGUCCGCCGACAGACGGAGUAUCCCAGGGACCAGUACAUCAGAGAAACCCAACUCCAUGGAUACUGCAAAUACUUCACCCUUCAAAGUACCAGGGUUCUUCAGCAAGGGCCUGAAAGGCUCCAUCAAGAGGACCAAAAGCCAAUCAAAGCUUGACAGAAACACGAGCUUUUGGCUUCCAUCCCCUCGAAAUACAGAUGACGGGUCUUGUGGGCUGCCUAAACUAAAGGAGUCACGUUCCCAUGAGUCCUUGCUGAGCCCGUGCAGUGCGGUGGAAUGUCUGGACCUUGGUAGAGGGGAGCCCGUGUCUGUGAAACCGCUCCAUAGUAGCAUCCUUGGACAGGACUUCUGCUUUGAGGUUACCUACUUAAGUGGAAGUAAGUGCUUCAGCUGUAACUCUGCUUCAGAGAGAGAUAAGUGGAUGGAAAACCUUCGAAGGACAGUUCAACCAAAUAAGGACAAUUGCAGACGAGCUGAAAAUGUUCUCCGUUUAUGGAUCAUCGAAGCCAAGGGCCUUGCCCCCAAAAAGAAAUAUUUCUGUGAACUGUGCCUUGAUGAUACCCUCUUUGCUCGUACAACCAGCAAGACCAAAGCAGAUAAUAUUUUCUGGGGUGAACAUUUUGAAUUCUACAGCCUUCCGCCUCUUCAUAGCAUCACAGUUCACAUUUAUAAAGAUGUGGAAAAAAAGAAAAAAAAAGACAAGAAUAAUUAUGUAGGGCUAGUCAACAUCCCCACUGCCAGUGUGACUAGCCGCCAAUUUGUAGAAAAGUGGUAUCCUGUGAGUACACCUACACCCAACAAAGGAAAGACAGGAGGGCCUUCUAUUCGGAUUAAAUCAUGCUUCCAGACUAUUACCAUUCUACCUAUGAAACAAUACAAAGAAUUUGCGGAAUUUGUCACCAGCAACUACACCAUACUGUGUUCUGUCCUUGAACCAGUAAUUAGUGUGAGAAAUAAAGAGGAGUUGGCUUGUGCCUUAGUUCACAUUCUUCAAAGUACUGGCAGAGCCAAGAAUUUUCUGACUGACUUGGUGAUGUCUGAGGUGGAUCGUUGUGGAGAGCAUGACGCCUUGAUCUUCAGAGAGAACACCAUCGCUACCAAGUCCAUUGAGGAGUACCUCAAGUUGGUAGGACAGCAGUACCUCCAUGAUGCACUGGGGGAGUUCAUCAAAGCUAUGUAUGAGUCAGAUGAAAACUGUGAAGUGGAUCCCAGCAAAUGUUCAUCUAGCGAGCUGAUAGACCAUCAGAGCAACCUGAAAAUGUGCUGUGAGCUGGCUUUCUGCAAGAUCACCAACUCCUACUGUGUUUUCCCUCAGGAACUGAAAGAAGUAUUUGCAUCGUGGAAGCAGCAGUGCUUGAACCGCGACAAGCAAGACAUCAGCGAGCGACUCAUCAGUGCCUCGCUGUUUCUCCGUUUUCUGUGCCCAGCCAUUAUGUCUCCCAGUCUUUUCAACCUUAUGCAGGAGUAUCCUGAUAACUGCACGUCUCGGACUCUGACUCUAAUUGCCAAGGUCAUUCAGAACCUGGCAAACUUUGCGAAAUUUGGUAACAAAGAAGUAUUCAUGGCAUUCAUGAAUGAUUUUUUAGAACAUGAAUGGGGUGGAAUGAAGCGGUUUCUUUUGGAGAUCUCUAAUCCAGACAUCAUCUCAAAUACCCCAGGCUUUGAUGGUUACAUUGACCUGGGUCGAGAGCUUUCAGUUUUGCAUUCCUUACUAUGGGAAGUAGUGUCCCAACUUGAUAAGGGUGAAAAUUCCUUCCUACAGGCAACCGUGGCAAAAUUGGGACCUCUCCCUCGUAUUCUUGCCGAUAUUACCAAAUCUCUGACUAACUCUACACCAAUACAACAGCAACUGAGACGCGUCACUGAGCAUAGCUCCAGCCCAAAUGUCAGUGGACGUCUCUCCUCUGGGCUGCAGAAAAUAUUUGAAGACCCCAUUGACAGUGACUUGCAUAAACUGAAAUCUCCAAGCCAGGAAAACACGGAUGGCGAUUUCCGAGGGAAAACAUUAUUGCUGGUUCAGCAGGCCUCUUCCCAGAGCAUGACUUAUUCUGAAAAGGAUGAAAAAGAAAGUAGCCUUCCCAAUGGCCGGGGCAUCUCCCUCAUGGACCUUCAGGACACUCGCGCUGCUCAGGGGGAGCAUGUGCCUGCUGUGCUCAAUGUGCCUAUGCGCUUGACCGGAAACCAGCUCUCCAUCACCCAGGGGGCCAGCAUCAAACAACUGCGGGAAACCCAGAGCACUCCCCAGAGCACACCCCAGGUGAGGAGGCCCCUGCACUCAGCCUUGAACCAGCCAGGCAGCCUCCAGCUCUUGUCAUUCCAGAACCCUGUCUAUCACCUCAAUAACCCAAUGCCAGCAAUGCCAAAGGCCUCUGUGGAUUCCAGUUUGGAGAACCUAAGCACUGCCAGUUCCAGGAGUCAAAGUAACAGUGAGGACUUCAAACUCAGCGGACCCAGCAAUAGCAGCAUGGAGGAUUUCACCAAACGUAGCACUAAAAGUGAGGACUUCUCCAGGUGGCACACUGUGCCAGACAGACACAUACCUCUUGCCCUGCCACGGCAAAACAGUACUGGGCAGGCCCAAAUCCGAAAAAUGGAACAGGCUGGGUUAGGUGCCCGAGCCAAAGCACCGCCAUCCCUGCCCCACAGUGCAGCCUUGCGAAGCACAGGGAGCAUGUCCGUGGCAUCUACAGCCCUGGUGGCUGAACCCGUGCAGAAUGGGUCCCGGUCCCGGCAGCAGUCUUCUUCCUCCAGAGAGAGCCCUGUUCCCAAAGUGAGAGCAAUCCAGAGACAACAGACUCAGCAGGUCGGGGUUCAGUCUCCUGUGGACUCUGCCACAAUGUCCCCAGUAGAGAAGACAGCAGCCUGGGUUCUGAACAAUGGGCGAUAUGAAGAGGACGUGGAAGAAUCUGAGAAAAAUCAAGAUGAAGCCAAGCAUGCUGAGAAGUAUGAGCAGGAAAUUACCAAACUGAAGGAGCGCCUGCGGGUGACCAGCCGGCGGCUGGAGGAGUAUGAGUGCCGGCUGCUGGCACAGGAGCAGCAGAUGCAGACGCUGCUGCUGGAGUACAAGGCCCGGCUGGAGGACAGCGAGGAGCGGCUCCGCAGGCAGCAGGAGAAGGACAGCCAGAUGAAGAGCAUCAUCAGCAGGCUAAUGGCUGUGGAAGAGGAAUUGAAGGAUCACGUUGAGAUGCAAGCAGUUAUUGAUGCAAAGCAAAAAAUAAUUGAUGCACAGGAAAAACAGAUCGUGUCCCUGGAUUCAGCCAACACCAGACUCAUGAGCGCACUGACACAGUGAAAGCACUGCAGUCGUUAGAGGGGGAAUGUGGGAGCUGUGUGUGAGUGAGAACCAAGCCCCGGGUCCAGGAGACAAAAACCACGUGUCUGUCUAGCUGAUAGAGGCACAUAGAGUGCAGUAGGACUUUGUCAGAAUGAAUUUUGCAGGGAUUCAUCUGCCAGUUUAAAAAACCUGCUCUGACCCCCUUGUCAUUUAGGAAAACAUGCAAAUACCAUGAUCCAAACAAAACAGUUUAUCCCAUUGGUCAAGACUGGCUCUGGAUGGACAUCUAAGCUGAUUUGGGGAUACACUGUUUCAGAGGACACAGAUAAGAGCCGUUGCAUCAAAACUGGACUUUAGGAGUGUUUCCUUUGAACUCCUGUUGAUGUUUAUUUCCUUCUGC